AUGGAGGAAAAUACGAUCGGCCCUGAUGAAAUGAACAGGAAGAGGAAAAUCGAAGCCGAACUUGUCGAAAUGCCUCUAGCAAAACACAUCUGCUGGAAUAAUCAAGUGAAAAAAACCAACCCAUUUUCAAGAGGUGAAGGUAUUCGUGAAAAGUUAAGUGUAGCUAAUAGUCUCGAUACUGUGAUGUCAUACGCAGAAUCGAGCUCUUCUACUCCAGUUGGUAAUUUGGAAGGUAACCCUUCUGAGACCAAAUCAAAUGCAACAGUAAUUAGUUACUCUCAAAUCGAGUCUGUUCGUAAAGACCUCCACCGACUUUAUCGUGAUUAUGGGCUGAACCUUUCUGAUAUCUACGAGGAUUAUCUGCUCGAAUUUGAGAAUGACAGUGCGUAUUAUAACUCUUCAGAGGAUCAUGUUAGUGUUAAGGAUGUUGACGAGGUUCUUGAUUAUGAUGUUUCUCCGGAAAGCCAGUUGGUUAAUCAAGAUGCUCGGCAGGGAAGCAAGCCGAAAACAAUCGAUCAGGAGUUUGAAGAAUACUUUUCAAUGCUCAUGAUGUAA